UUUUGUAAACAAAUCGCACGUGCAGAAACAGCAACAAAGUGUUCCAGUGAGGCGAUUCUGCAGUAAAACCCCGAAGAAAAAUGGGAGUUCGUGGUUUAACAACAUAUAUCGGUGUAAAUGCAUCGGUUUACCUGAAACCUUACGAACUGCACGACUCAAAACUGGUCAUCGAUGGCGACAAUCUGUGCCUGCAGCUGUUCAAACGCUCGCAAAACAUCUCGGUCCCGCUCGGUGGAAAUUACGACGUUUACUAUCGGAUUGUGGUGGAGUUUUUCGAAAAGCUUAAACUGGUUAACGUUACUCCUUACGUUCUUCUAGAUGGUGGGUACGAAUCGCGCAAGAUGAGCGUCAUAAUGGGCCGGAUGCAGCAAAGGAUUGGGAAAAUGAAAGGAUUCCACCUUGCAGCGAUUUCCGUCACUACGCCACUCAUGUUACGUGAGGUGUUUGUUGAUGCGCUGAGGGCAUCGGGAGUAUCCUUCAUGCGCUGUCCCUUUGAAGCAGACGAUGAGGUGGCGAUUUUAGCGCGUAAACUAAACUGUCCGGUAUUGAGCUACGAUUCUGACUUUUACAUUCAUGAUGUCCAGUACAUACCGUUUGUCACGCUGUCGAACAAGCCGUACCACAAGGUGUCGGACAAGGAAGGGGAAAACUUUAAGAUAGGUGUCGUACAAAGGAAGCAGCCCAGGAAAGCAAAACAUCACACCGAUGGCAUAAAAUACGUCGCUCAGUACGGUGAUGAAGAUGUGAUUGAAGUUGACGAAAUGAAAACGUACACCUAUCUAGACUGUUGCUUGUACACGAUCGACAAUCUAACUGGUCCACAUGAUCGGCUUAACAAAGAGAUGAUACCACUGUUUGCGGUACUGCUCGGGAAUGAUUACAUCGAACGUUCUGUGUUGAACCCAUUCUACAAGGUGAUAAAGACCGGUCGAGUAAACCGCAAAAUUAACCAACACGAGCGUCGCUUGAAGGUGGUACUGAAAUGGUUACAAAAUCACACACUACAGUCGGCUACGCGUGCAAUUAUUCGCCACAUUAAGGGAGAACACAAGCAGAUCGUGUACCGCCAGAUUCUGACGGCGAUGCGUGGCUACAAUUGUGAGGACUGUAAAGCUUUACAAUUUUUCGGUUUGCAGGAUAGUGAAGCCGUCCGAGUACCACUGGACGAUGAAGAACUUGAGCGAGAACUACAGACACAAUUGGGAGAAGUGGAUACAGAGACAGAACAGAAAGUGGACUUCGGUGAGGAAAGUUUAAUUAUUAGCGAGGAUAAUGAUCAGCAAGUCGAACGUGAACCGAUAUCAGAGACUGACGAAGAAGUGGACGAUCAGUCGUUACCAAAUAAUUCUUGUGAAGCAGAAAGCGUUAAAGGUGAAGAUGAAAAUGACCCACCGCUCACCGAAGAAUCCGAUUCGGGCGACCAGAUUACGGAUGGUCAAGAUCCACUCGUUGAGCCGGGUCUGAUACGCAACAAGUUCACCGACCGCAACUGGCCCGAAUGGUUUAAAGAGCUUUAUAGUACCGCGAAAGUUCCACGCUUUUUAGCUGAUUUACUGCAUUCAAAUUUUUUCGUCAACUAUCCCCAAAUCGAGGACAUCCGCCGCCCGGAUGCUAACAAAAUAAGUCAUCCGAUUUUGCGAACCAUUUUCGCAAUACUUAAAACCAGUUUCAAGGUGAAAACAACCGAAUUCAAGUACAUCACUAGAAAGGUGAACAGUACCGGAGUAAAAAGUGCUCUUCUUCAAGACGUGUGUUUACCACCAGGGAUAGCUUACGAUCCGGCCAAAUUGCCUAACGUUCUUCUCCUGCAAAAGCUCUUUGAAGAGUCCGGUAUAGAACAGUGGCAAGAUUUGUUUCGUACGAUUAAAAGCGUUCCGAGCAAUCUAAGGUUAUACUUUUUGGCGAUAAUCUAUUGGGCCAAGAACUGUUCCAGCGUAAACCUGGCACACGUACAUGCACUGAUUAUAUGCGUUUUACAGUUGCAAAUUGUUGACAAAGCGUUGAAAAGUUUAAAUCGAAACGUGGAACAGUUCCAGCAACAGAAUCGAUCGUACCUGGAACAGCAGCGAAAAACGAGUCAAACGAAUGGUGCGGGGAAAAAGGACACAAAACCAUCAGCGAAUGAGUUUAAUCGAACAUUUUACAACAAGCUAACGAGUGGCACUUCACGAGCGGAACUGAUCCUAACGUACGCCGAAUUAAUACAACAUUUUUCACUGCACCAAAAGUCAUUAGGGGAACGUAAAGUACCGAUUGAAUCCGAUACCAUGCACACACUGGCCAGGUUUCAAUCGGUUUGUUUCAAUCUGUAUGCCCUAAUCCCGCUGUUAGGUUUCCCGUAUGAAAAUCUGCUCAUGCACGAACUGUACAACAGCGUGUUCGUGUAUAAUAUGUACGAGUGGAUAAAAGCACGUGCUGAUCUGUUUGAAUACGAGCGAUCGUCCAUAUUUCUAUAUUCCCCGGCACUGUUAGCCGGCUUGCGUGUGAUGGUAGAAUUUGUACAAAAGUACGUACCAGAGCUAAAAGAUCGGAAACGAGCGGUAAAGGCAAAGGCUAAGGGAAAGAAACGGACCCAAGUGACAAGACAAUCGAAACGAACAGCUCAGGAGCAAGUAAAGCCAGCAAACGACUGGGAAAAGAAGGAAGAUACCAGCGAAAGUGACGAUGAAGCGUUUGUUGAUACGAAUAAUAAGUUUAGCCAACUGUUGCUAGCUGGUUGAUGGCAAAUAAAAUGUGUGAAAAUGUGAAAAACGUUAAAAAAAAUUAUUAAUGCGUGAGAAAAGCUAAUGAACAAAUCAUUAAAAUGAAAUGCUUAACAAGGCACAAUUGC